GUUCACUUCCUACCUCCAACAAUGGAAUCAUUGUUUUACCGGCAAUUCCCAAUUAUGAUGUUGGAUAUGACCAAACUACCAAAUACCACUUUCCUCUGCUUACCGAGAGAAACACAACAGGUUACACCUCCAAUAACGUCACAACCAAGAACGCAGUGGGUCCCUUCGGCUUUGAAGAGGCCAUUCAUAUUGGGAAUAAACAAUGUGUGGUCAAAUCCAAUUAUGCGUUGGAUCAAGAUCAAUGCGUGAGGAACCCUGGGAAGUGUCUGAACGGGUUUUCACUGUCUAUUUGGGAAAAAGUUCUGUACGGCGAUGAAGUGUUCAAUGUGAAAAUGAUACAUCAAAAGAAGUAUAUAUUGAGCACAGGAGGAGAUUUCAACACUGGAACUAAAAAGACCUAUCCCGGGAUGGCUAUUUAUCACGAAGGUAUUGACCUCAUUGCUGUGGUGAGCACAGGAGUGGACGUAUGGUAUCUGAAGGUCACGGGACAAUUGGUCAAUGAGACCUGGAGCAACAUUGGUAUUCGUUGGUCGGCCGCCAAUUUUUCCUCCAAUGAACCGUUCCACCUUCGUGGAGGAUUGGAGAUGUUUGUCAAUGCCAAGAGAGUGGGGCAAGCUUUGCAUCCAAUGACCCGACCUGGGGCCGAUAUGACCCUUGGGAACCUGGGGAAAUGGACCAUAGCCCCAGCGCUUGAAUCGUUAACUACUUUCGAUAAUACUGGUGAUUCAAUGGCUCAAAAGGGUCCGUUCUUUAUGGUGGGUUGUCAUAGAAAUUCCGAGGAUGACACCUUCAGAGACUUUGGAAUGGCGGGCAGUGUAUAUGAUGAGUUGGCCUUUUGGGGGAGAAAACUGAUUACAAAUCAAACCUUUGAUGAAGCUUUAUACUUUACGGGAGGCUUUGUCCCUGAUUACGACGGGAUCUCUGAUGAGGAAUGGUUGUCCAUACUGGAUCAUGUCCGUUUGGAUGUUCCGGAGCAAUUGGAAGCGGCUGGCGAGAUCACUUACCGACUCUAUGGAUCCCGAAGUAAAGAAAUGUCCUACGAUCAGCUUCUGAAUUUCAUCAAAGAUAAUGAAGAGGAGAAAAUGGACGCCUUGAGGAACACCACUAAUGCAACCACCUCAUUUCAAUAUGGCAAAACUGAGUUUGUACGAAAUCCAGCCGAGCAAAUCAGUUAUGAAAGGCAACGACUGGCUUCCAUGACAGCUGAAAAGCUCUUGUUAUCCAGGGGAGAGCCGUUUGUCCGACCCAAGGACCUUCUAGGAGUCUUUAAGGUUGUUGGAUCCGCAAGCUUUCCCAUCAUUCCAACAAGGGAGAACGUUGAAGGUUGGAAGUCGGUCCAAAUGGAUCCAAGCGAAGAAGGAGCCUCCAAGGUUGUUAAGGAAAUCAUGGAGUACACUCGAGACCUCCUGAGAACAGCCAACAUCAAUUAUGCCGAGGAUUUCCCGCCCAUGUUCUCGGCGGCUCGAGAUGAAAUGGUGAUUCAUGCCCAAUCAGAUGGGAUAAUGCUCUCAGCCAUGAAGUUCGAUCCCAAUCAGUUCCAAAGAACUGGAACAUUCCAUGAAACCCAUUCGUUUUAUGCCAAUCACCCAACCAAUCCACAUCAAGGUUGGGAGAAAUAUCCAGACCAAAUCGAAUUUCCGACCCGGUUCCACUUUAAAAACAGCUCCAGAUGUGCCCACCUCCCAAUAACGUUUGUUCAGGCUAUUUUUGAUGGAUACGGAGCUAUGGCUCCUCUACGUAGGAACCCUGCGAACAUUUAUUCCAAGCAAAUCAAACUAGAUAGCAAAGGCGUAUCCAUGGCUCUUGGUGUUGGUCCAGAUCCACAAGAUGUCACCAAAGUUAUUGAUUGUCAAAUUGACACGGAUCAAAUGAAGUACAAUCCAAUCAAGAUCAAGUUCGUGCAUUAUGACACGAAAACUAGCCAACGGAAACUACUUUGGACCCAAGACCUCGAUUCCAACAUCGAACAACGAAAAUGUGCCUAUUUCAAUCCAAACUUUGGACCUUUUGGUGGUUGGGAUGCGUCUGGCUGCACCACCGUCAUCACUGAGCAAACCAGUACCAUGUGCGAGUGUUCCACUUUUGGAACAUUCGCUGUUGUAGCAGAAAUUGUCGAGCACCCUUCGGUCCCCGAUCACGAGGUUUGGGUGAAGGUGAUCAAAUAUUGCGGCUUCUUUUUCUCCAUAGUGUGCCUUGUUCCAUUAAUGGUGGUCAUUGGAUUAUCCCCGUUGCUUCAUGACAUGUUCCACUUGCUCCGGUUCCAUUCUGCAUUGAAUUGCUUCAUCUCAUUUGUCGUGAUGCUGAUUGCGCAAUUGGAUUCCAUUUGUGAGGAGCGUACCACCAACAUCUUGCUUUCUGGCCUUCAGCAAUAUUUCUUCAUGACCACAACCUUAUUCCUGGCCUUUGAAGCCUUUGCUACAUUUCGAGCCACGACAAUGGGCAUUAUCGGUGGAUACACCUCUACCUAUGUGUUCUUUAGCUAUGGAUUGCCUUUCAUCAAUAUAGGCUUGACCAUGUUUUUGUAUGGGGACGAUUAUGGAAAGGAUCCACGGUGUUUCAUCGGUUGGGAGAAUUCGACGAAAUUCGUCUUCUUCUAUCAAAUCCUUUUAGUCGUUUCGGUUGCUCUAGUCUUAUGCGCAAUCGUAGUCAUCAAUCUGACCACGCCUCAAACCCGACGAGAAAGCAUUAUCGAUCAAUUAGCUUCUCAAGGACGGGGAAUGGCCAUUGCUGUGUUCAUUUGGACCAUUACUUGGUUUUUCGGAUACCCCACCUAUAUCCGUUAUCCUGAUCAUGAGCUCCCGGAUUUCUAUCCCAUCUUUAUUAUGCUCUUCUCUUGGUUUGGCGUCGUCAUGUUCAUUUUUAUGGGCUUGAUGUCCACUCGAUUCCGAGCGGUGGUAUGGAAAUUUGUUUGGCCUCAACAAGGUUGGAAAUAUGCGGCGAAAAAUGAAGAAACGGAAACAGAACUCAGCGAAAUGUCCAAAUCUCCUUCGAUGGCGGCUUUAAGUGACUUGGAAGAGGAGGGAGAGGAAGAACUUCAGGGUGUAGAUCUUGAAAAGGGUCCCGAAGAGCAAGAGGACAAGGAUGACAGAAAAACAGAUCUAGAUGAAAUUUCUGAAGCCAAUCCAGAUCUUGAAGACGGGGAAGUUUAAAAAAUGGCUUGAUUCGAAAUUAUGACUACUCAACCGAAGGAGACUUGACAAAUAUAUUUUACUUGAUUAUGCAGCAAUCUUGACAAUGUUUUGGUUUAUUGACCACGUUGCUUAGAGACAAGCCAUACAAUCAUAAAUUAUUCAGCGAGCCAAGAGCCCCUGACUUUCGGUUAGCUUUGGCUUGGCCAUCACGACAAAACUUUGAGGGGGGAAUAACACCGCAUUAAAUCACCAGGGUUCCACCCCACAACCUCCACCCCUCUAUCUGUGGCAAUACCCAGAAAGAGCCUGAAAAACGGAGUACGUGCUUAACUGGUAUAGUAAUUGUAACCAUUCAGUG